AUGGAGUUCAAAUUCUCUACGGUGGUAGAUCCUAGCACCUAUCAAACCCAAGGGUUGUGCGAUGGUCUCACCGUGCGAUACCACAAGAACACCGAGCUCGAGGAAAUCGGUUGUCUGAGAUGCCAAGAGCACUGGCGCGAGCAGGUCGGACCGCUGGGGCUCUACAAGGGUGGACUGGGACACCCAUGGAGCGGGAUGAGCAUUGCAAUUCCUGAAGCCCUUCCAGACAGACUGGGGAUUGUCUCGUACGCAAACGAGCUUGCGUUUCUUCAUGAUGAUGGCGACGAACAUAAUAACGAUCUCAAAGCGGCAUUCGAUCAAGUGAUCAGCACCGGAACCAUCAAGCAUGCCGGAUCUGGAAAGCGCGCGUUGCAGGCGUACGUUGCCAAACGGAUGCUGAGCAUUGACAAAGACCGCGCAAUCACAUCUCUGAAGGCUUGGCCGACCUUCCUCGACAAGGCCGGUCGGCAGGAGGACUACCGGUUCAAGUCUGAAGACGAGUACCUGAAAUACCGGGUCCAUGAUGUCGGGAUGCUGUUCUGGUAUGGUCUGCUCACUUUCGCGCAAGCGAUCACCAUCCCAGAGAACGAACUGGAGAAAUGUCAUCAGCUUGCCACCACCGCAUACCUCCACAUGGCGUUGGUGAACGAUCUGGUCUCCUGGGACAAGGAACGCCAGAGCGCCACCGCCCUGGGAAAGGAUUAUGUGACCAACUUCAUCUUCGUUGCCAUGGAAGAACAUGGGAUCUCCGAGGACCAGGCCCAGGAACGAUGUCGUCAAGAAAUAAAAAAGGCAACCGUCGACUACCUGCGAGUCUUCGAGGAUAUCAAAGCCCGCGACGACCUCUCGCCGGAUACCAAACGGUAUCUGGAGUCGGUCCUGUACAGCAUGAGCGGGAACGUGGUGUGGAGCUUCCAUAGCCCGAGAUAUUACACCGACGCAUCGUUCAGCGAGCGCCAGCUCGAGUGGAUGAAGAAUGGUAUUCCCAAGGCACAGACGUCUGAGCGUGGUGCGUCCGGUACGGAUAAGAGUGAGGUGAAAAUCCCCGACCGCACAGUUAAUGGAGAUCAUACGGCGCCGAACAGCAAUGGUACUGGCAUAGGAAGUCAUGGCACUAUCAACGGAAAUGGUACUGCCAAGGAGAACAACAGCCGGCAUGUUUCAACCCCGGGAAGAAAUACUAAGGGGCUUAGCAACGGCGACACAAGCCUCCUAAGCGCGGUUAUCACGCAGCACCUUUCGGGCCGUAACGGCUUCAAGCUUGGGGAUCACGACAUGAAAGUGGAGGAUAUCCCAAUCAAACAUGUUCUACAAGCCCCGUACGAAUACAUCACGGGUCUUCCAUCCAAGGGAGUUCGCGAGCAUGCAAUCGAUGCCUUGAAUGUCUGGUUCCGUGUCCCUGCCGAGAAACUCGCCAUCAUCAAAUCCAUCAUUACAAUUCUCCACAAUGCGUCCUUGAUGCUCGACGACUUGGAAGAUGGAUCGGAGCUUCGACGGGGCAAGGCAUCAACCCACAUGAUCUUCGGGCUCGGUCAGACGGUAAACUCGGCCAAUUAUCAGCUCAUCCGCGCAUUGCAAGAGAUUCAGAAACUAGGAGAUUCAAAAAGCUUGCUCAUAUUCACCGAGGAGUUGCACUACCUCUACGUGGGCCAGUCCAUGGACCUAUAUUGGACCAGUAACCUUAUUUGUCCUUCUAUCAAUGAGUACUUUCGGAUGGUUGAACACAAAACCGGCGGUCUCGUCCGGCUCUUCGGUCGCCUCAUGGCCCUACACUCGACGAAUCCCGUCAAAGUCGAUAUGAUCGACUUCUCCAACCGCCUGGGACGUUACUUUCAGACCCGGGACGACUACCAGAAUCUGGUCUCUGCAGAGUACACGAAGCAAAAGGGCUUUUGCGAAGAUCUCGAAGAGGGAAAGUUCUCCCUCCCACUGAUCCAUCUCCUGCAAACCAUGCCAGAUAACCAUGUCCUCCGGAACGUCUGGAUGCAGCGGCGCGUCCGCGGCACCGCGACGCACGCCCAGAAGGAGACGAUUCUGGACCUGAUGAAGCGAAACGGAAGCCUGCAGUUUACGGAGGACACGCUGGGGAUCUUGUACGGUCACAUGGAGAAGAGUAUCUGUGAGCUGGAGCGCAAGUUUGGCGCGGAGAACUUCCAGCUGAGGUUGAUUCUGGAGUUGUUGCGCAACGGGUAG